AUCCUUUAGCUUCACAUGUGUUACUUUCAACUUCUAUGUAUCUUAACCUCUAAUUUUAUUUUCAAUCUCAAUUAAAGAUCGUUCGAAUCUCAACCUUUUUCUUUACAGUAAAAAAAAAGUUACAAAUAGUUUUUAUUCUUCCAAGAAAACAUUUUUUUUUCUUGUUUUGAAUUGGGAAUUUAUAAAGGAAAAUUUAAGAAAGAAAAACAAACAAUUCCUAAGACCUUCAGUAUACAGAACUCUAUACCGCCAAAACUGCAUAUAUUCAUAUAAAUUCUUGAAAAACUCAUCACGUCUCCAAGUUCGCGUCAGUUAACUCAAAAAAAUAAAAAAUACAAUUAAGAAAAAUUUUAUUUGGCAUAUUAAAUACUUGAAUAUAUUUAUUAAUUAAAUCAAUAUGCCAAGUAAUAAAAAAUUAGAUGAUUGUGCACACAAACGUUUAAUAAUACAAUUACAAAGAUAUCGGAAUUCUCAAAAAAACAAAGAUGUCGAACAAACAAGUAGUUCUAGUGAUAAUGAUAAUAAUGACUUAAAUAAUAAUGAUCAUAAAAAUAAUAAUUUUUCGUCAACUAAAAAUCAGACAAUGACUAAAAAAAAUGAAUUAUCUCUUUGCGAUGAAGUGACCACAGAGGAUAUUAAAAAUCUAGUGUUGGCAUCUUAUCGUAGUCUGAGUAGGCAGGUUUCGAGUUUAAGUGAUCAAAUUGAUGAUGUAUCUUCAAGAUUAAGCAUUUUAGAAUCAUCAGUGAAAAUAAAUAAUAAAGAAAUUGGAAAAGUUAAUGAAGAAAUUGUUGAGACGAAAAGUAAAAAUGAAGAUAACGAUAAAAAUAAUAAUGAAAAUGAUAAUAACUUUAUUGCUAUAGACUCUGGAGAUGAAGAAUCUGAAAUUGAUACAUCAGUUCGAUUAAAAUUUCCUCUGAAAACAGAGAAAGAUUUUUAUAUAUUUAAUUCUAAAAUAUCUGGCAUUCGUUAUCGUAGAAGACUGAUUCAAGAUUUAUCAUCUUUAAUUGAUAAAAAAAUAAGAAUGUCGUUGAACGUUGGAAAAAUAUUACGUCAUUACCUGUCAAAAAAUCUUGCCUUGUGUUAUAAUACCAAAAUUUUAACACCGAAAAAAAAAGUUUUUAUAGAUACACUUUUUUAUGAUUGUAUUGCAGAGGUAUUAAAAAAUAAAUAUGGCAAAUCUAAACCACUUCUCGAUAGUCAAAUUCACGAUUGUAUAUCAGCUGUGUUAAAAAAUGUUUACAAGUGGGACAGACGUACUCUUCGUCGAUGAAAAAAAAAAAUACUAAAAUAAUACCAAUAAGUAAAAGGCUGUUAAUUUAAA